AUGCUCACGCUGCUGAAGUUCUGGGAGCUGCUGCGGGCGGCAGUCGAUGAACGAGAAGAUGUCCAGAAGAAAACAUUCACAAAAUGGAUCAACUCUCAACUUGUGAAGAACGACAAGCCGCUGGUGGAGGACCUGUUCCUGGACCUGCGGGACGGCGAGAUCCUGCUGGCGCUGCUCGAGAUCCUCACCGCGCAGCAGUAUGUGCGGCAGGGCGUGACGGCGCACGUGCAUAUGUUGCAGAAACGAGAGCGCGGGCGCAUGCGCGUGCACCACAUCAACAACGUGAACACGGCGCUGCACGUGCUGGAGGCCAACGGCGUCAAGCUGGUCAACAUCAGCAGCAACGACAUCGUCGACGCCAACCCCAAGCUCACGCUAGGACUAGUGUGGAGCAUCAUCCUGCACUGGCAGGUGCACUAUCAUCUCAAGGAGCUCAUGUCAGAAUUGCAGCAGACCAAUUUGGAGAAGACCCUGCUAGCGUGGUGCCGCACUCAUACGCAGAACUACGCGGGCGUGAACGUGCGCAACUUCACGACGUCGUGGUCGGACGGGCUGGCGUUCAACGCGCUGCUGCACCGCUGGCGGCCGCAGCUGUUCGACUACGCGGCCGUGGUGGCGCGCGGGCCGGCGGCGCGGCUCGACCACGCCUUCAGCGUCGCGCACCAGCACCUCAACAUCGACCGCCUGCUCGACCCCGAGGAUGUGAAUACGCCUAAUCCUGACAAAAAAUCGAUAAUGAUGUACGUGAUGUGUCUGUUCCAAUCUCUGCCACAUUCGUGCGAAGACGUAGCCGACAUGGAGAGCAUUCACUCGGAACCCGGCACGCCGGUCGCCACUCAGCCGCCCGAGGUGGCGGGCAGUCGGCCGCUGUCGACGGCGACGACCGGCUCGGUGGAGCUGGGCGGGUACUACGCCGCCUUCGAGGAGGUGUUGGCGUGGCUGCUGGAGGCGGAGGAGCGGCUGGCGGCGGCGCGCGAGCCGGAGGGCGCGGAGCUGGCGCCGCUCAAGGAGCACUUCCACGCGCACGAGCGCUUCCUGCUGGAGCUGGCGGCGCAGCAGGCGCGCGUGGGCGGCGUGCUGGACGAGGGCGCGCGCCUGCUGGACGCCGGGCUGUCGCGCGACGAGGCGGCCGAGGUGCGGCUGCAGCUGCGCCUGCUGGGCGGGCGCUGGGAGGCGCUGCGCCGCGCCGCGCUCGCCACGCAGGCGCGCGGCCACGCGGCGCUCAUGCGCGCGCAGCAGCAGCAGCUGGCGGAGUUCCGCGCCUGGCUCACGCGCACCGAGGACCGCAUGUCCCGCGCCGGCGCCGCGCGCCCCGGCCGCGCCGGCCUGCGCGCGCAGCUCGCCGCCGUGCGCGCGCUGCACGCCGACCUGCGGCGCCAGCAGCCGCGCGUGGACGCGCUCGCCGACGCCGUGGUCGUGGUGGACGACGACGCGCAGGACAACUGCGUCACGGAGAUCGAGGACGAGCUGACGGCGCUGAGCGAGCGCUGGUCGCACACGUGCCAGUGGACCAUGCAGCAGCUGGAGCGGCUGCAGGAGCUGCAGGCGCGCUGGGACGCGCUGGACGCGCAGCACGAGGCGCUGCUGGGCGCGGCCGACGCGUGCGAGCGCGAGCUCAAGCAGAUGGAGGCCAACCCCGCCGCCGAGGUGGGCGCGGCGCUGGCGCGGGUGCGGCAGCUGCGGCGCCUGCGCGGCGAGCUGGCGGCGCGGCGGCGCCAGGCGGCGGCGGCGCUGGGCGAGGCGCAGGCGCUGGGCGAGCCCGAGCUCAGCGAGCGCGCCGAGGCGCUGGCCGACCGCCUGGACGCGCUGCUGCUCAUCCUGCACGUGCAGGCGCAGCGGAUCAAGGAGUUGGGCUUCGACAUGGAGCUGGAGGAGGACUCGGCGGCCGAGCAGGAGUCGCCGGCCGCACCGCCGCAGGAGACGCAGGAGGAGCAGGCGCUGCCGGACGACGCGCAUAGCGGCUCGAAGAAGCCGCGACUGGCGCCCGACCAGCGCGCUGACUUCCAGCUCGGGUACAAAGCCUUCGAGACCUGGGCCGGUGACGCCGAGCAAGCACUCGACCGGUGCAAACGUGAGUUGGAAGAAGACAAUGAAAAGAGAAAAGAGAUUCCGGGCAUCCUGGAGCGCGUGGAGAAGGAGAUAGAGAGUCAGCGCGCGGAUUUUGCCAACGUGGAGGAAAUACAGCGCCGCCUCGCCGCGGAGCCCGGCCUCCAGGGUAAGUGUCGCGUGCUGGCUACGAAGCCCAACGACACGCCGAAAGCAUAG